GCGGGUCUGCGUCGCGGGAGCCAGUUGAUAACGAACAGCGGACCCGCUAGGUUGUUUCAUCCCGUCUCUUGCUGUUUUGUUGUUGUUUUUUUUUAUCCUGAUAGUUGCUUAGAAGACUCUCGUGGACUACUCUUUCAGUGGAAAGUCUCCUGCUUUGCAGCUCGUAUCCUAUCACUCUUAGCAAUACGUAAGAAAGUUAUCGGCAAGGGAAAAAAAUGGAUGUAGCCCAACUGGAACAAAAACUGAAAGAACAUGGACAAGAACACCUGCUGCAGUUCUGGCCGAGUUUGAAUGAAGAGGAGCGACAGCAAUUGUUCCAUCAGCUUAAUGAUAUUAACAUGGAAGAAGUAAUCGAAUUCUUUCGCCAUACGAUUGCGUCAGCCAACGAGGAAGAAGAAAAACUAGACGAACAUCUGCAGCCAAUUCCACCUGAAUUACAUGGUGCAGUGACGCGGACUAGCCCCGAACUUUUACGACAUUACGAACACCUUGCCAUGGAACAAAUUGGCCAAGGUCGCGUUGCUGCUCUGCUUCUUGCCGGUGGACAAGGGACACGUUUAGGUGUAGAUUACCCUAAAGGUAUGUUCAAUGUCGGCUGUCCAUCUGGGAAAACACUCUACCAAUUACAAGCUGAAAGACUAUUGCGGCUGCAGCAAUUAACCGAAGAGCGGACCGGCCUGAAAGGAGCUAUUCCCUGGUACAUAAUGACAAGUGAGCAUACAAAGGAGCCGACCCUAGAAUUCUUUCGCCGUCACGACUACUUUGGAUUAAAAGAAGAGAAUCUAGUUGUGUUCGAGCAAGGAAUGCUACCUUGUUUUACAUUGGACGGCAAGAUCAUCCUGGAAACAAAGUCGCGCAUCGCCAAAGCUCCCGAUGGCAAUGGAGGGCUAUACAGAGCCUUGCGUGAUCGCCGAAUCCUUGAUGACAUGGAAAGGCGACAAAUUCAAUACCUCCAUGUUUACUGUGUCGACAACAUUUUGGUCAAGAUGGCUGAUCCUACUUUCAUUGGAUUUUGCCUAAGCAAAGGCGCGGACUGCGCUGCCAAAGUGGUCGAAAAAGCCUUUCCCACCGAAGCUGUCGGUGUCGUAUGCAAAGUUCAUGGACAUUAUAAAGUAGUUGAAUACAGUGAAAUCACUCUACCUACGGCUCAGAAACGGAACGCUGAUGGGCGGCUUACAUUCAGUGCUGGAAAUAUUUGCAAUCAUUUCUUCACAACGCAAUUCCUUCGCAAGGUUAUUAGUGGCCAAGAGGGAAUGCUACAGCACCAUAUUGCUAAAAAGAAAAUUGCAUAUGUCGAUUCAACUGGCAAGAUUUGCAAGCCGGAUAAACCCAACGGGAUAAAAAUGGAAAAAUUUGUUUUUGACGUGUUUCAAUUUGCAACGAAUUUUGUCGUGUGGGAAGUAUUGCGAGAGGAUGAAUUUAGUCCUCUGAAAAACAGCGAUCAAAGCGGUGACAAGGAUACCCCAACUACGGCCCGAUUAGCGCUUUACUCGCUCCAUCAACGCCAAGUUUUAGCAGCUGGUGGUAUUUUCGUUGACGACGAAGGCAUGCGAUUGCCACUGAUUCCCAGCGCCAUACCCGCUGUCCCAGGCCAAGAAACAAUAUCCAAAAACGAGACAAACAACAAUGAAAUCCAAAAAACAUGUUCUAGACGGGAAGAACCACUGAUUUGCGAGAUAUCACCGCUGGUUUCGUACAAUGGCGAAGGUCUGGAAGCGCUGGUAAAGGGCAAGAAAUUUCGACCACCAUUGCUCUUAUCCAGCCCAUCCGAGUCCAAUGGCAUCAAAUAUUAAAUUUUACGUCGCAUUAGCAUUUCAAGAGCGCUCAUAGAUAUCAUCAAAAUUAUGCUCGACAUUGGAUUUUUUUUUCUGAGUUAUGUUUGAGCAAUCAGGUUUAUUCUGUGCACACUGUACAUCUAUCAACUUCCAGUUGGCUCGCCUUAACUAACAGAUCGACCGGGACCAAACCAUUAGCAAUUAAAGUGUUUUCACAAUUCAAGAAUCACCAGCAGUCUUGUCCGACCAGUCGAUUUCGGUUAUUGUAUGGAUGCCAGUAAGCAUGAAAACCAAUAAAUUGUAUUUUUUUGGCUUA